AUGGCUGGCGCAACGGCCGACGACAAGAAGAAUGGACCGGUGAAGAUGGCCGCGCGGCCCUUCGGAUCCUCGUUUAUGUUAGUGUUCGUGCACGCGGACGCGGUGGACGUGACGCUGAUGGUCCUGGGUCUGGUGGGCGCCAUCGGCGACGGCAUUUCGGUGCCGGUGUCGCUGCUCAUCUCCAGCCUCAUCUACAACGACCUCGGCAAUGGCCCUGAGCUCGCUCAGGAGUUCAGCUCCAAGAUCAACAAGAACGCGAUGAACCUUGUCCUUUUGGCGUUGGGUUGCUGGGUGAUGGCGUUCCUAGAGGGGUAUUGCUGGUCUCGGACGGCGGAGCGGCAGGCUUCGCGGAUGCGCGAACGGUACCUGGCAGCGGUGCUUCGGCAGGACGUGGAGUACUUCGACCUCAAGGUGGGCACCACGGCCGAGAUCAUCGCCAGCGUCUCCGGCGACAGCCUGGUCAUCCAGGAUGUGCUGAGCGAGAAAGUGCCCAACUUCGUGAUGAAUGCGGCCAGGUUCCUUAGUAGCUACGCCAUCUGCUUCGCCAUCGUCUGGCGUCUCGCCCUGGUGGCGCUUCCGUCCCUCCUUCUCCUCGUCAUCCCGGGCUUCAUGUACGGCCGCAUCCUCAUCGGUCUCACGCGCCAGAUCAGGGAGCAUUACACCUGCACCGGCGCCAUCGUGGAGCAGGCUGUGUCCUCGGCGCGAACCGUGUACUCGUGUGCUGCCGAGCGGGACACCAUGGCGCGGUUCUCGGUUGCACAGGAGGAGUCGGCAAGGCUGGGCAUCAAGCAAGGGUUAGCCAAGGGCAUCGCCAUCGGUAGCAACGGCAUCACCUUCGCCAUCUGGGCCCUCCUAGUCUGGUACGGCAGUCGCCUCGUCAUGUACCACGGCUACCGGGGCGGUACUGUCUACACCGUCCCCAUCUCCAUCGUCGUCGGCGGCCUGGCGCUUGGGUCCGGGCUGUCGAACCUCAAGUACUUUUCCGAGGCGACCGUGGCCGCUGAGAGAGUGCUGGAGGUGAUUCGGCGGGUGCCCAAGAUUGACUCGGGUAACGACACCGGCCAUGAACUAGCCAAUGUAGCCGGCGAGGUGGAGUUCAAGAGGGUACAAUUCUGCUACCCGUCGCGACCUGAGAGCCCCAUUUUCGCGAGCUUCAGCCUACGGGUGCCGGCAGGGCGAACGGCUGCACUGGUAGGGAGCAGCGGGUCCGGGAAGUCGACAGUGGUGGCACUGCUGGAGAGGUUCUACGACCCGUCAGCGGGGGAGGUGACGCUGGACGGUGUGGACAUCCGGAAGCUGAGGCUCAAGUGGCUUCGCGCGCAGAUGGGGCUCGUCAACCAGGAGCCAGCGCUGUUCGCAACUUCCAUUAGGGAGAAUAUACUGUUCGGCAAGGAGGACGCUACGCCUGAGGAGGUCACUGCGGCGGCCAAGGCCGCCAACGCCCACAACUUCAUCUCGCAGCUGCCGGAGGGCUACGACACGCAGGUGGGUGAGCGUGGUGUCCAAAUGUCAGGAGGACAAAAGCAAAGGAUUGCUAUUGCCAGAGCAAUCCUGAAGUCACCCAAGAUCCUCCUCCUUGAUGAGGCCACCAGUUCACUCGACACCGAGUCAGAGAGUGUUGUACAGGAGGCGCUCGACCUGGCCUCCAUGGGCCGGACAACAAUUGUCGUUGCACAUCGCCUGUCCACUGUACGCAAUGCUGACAUGAUUGUUGUAAUGCAAUCCGGUGAGGUCAAAGAGCUGGGCUCCCAUGAUGAGCUCAUUGCCGCUGAAGAUGGUCUCUACUCAUCUCUUAUUCGCCUGCAGCAGACUAAAAAAUCAAAUGAGGCUGAUCAUGUUAGUGGAACUGGCAGCACUACUUCCGUUACCAGGAUAUUCUCUGCAGCUAGCAAGUCAAGCUCAGCCCGGUCAUUGGGUGAUACCCGCGAGGUUAAUCGCAUUGAAGCACCAAAUCUUCCCCUGCCAUCCUUUAGAAGGCUGCUUAUGUUCAAUGCACCAGAGUGGAGGCAGGCGCUUAUCGGAAGCUUGAGUGCAGUUGUGUGUGGAGCCAUCCUCCCUGCUUAUGCGUAUGCCAAGGGAAGCAUGCUAUCGGUAUACUUCCUAACAGAUCACGAUGAAAUUAGGGUCAAAACAAGGGCCUAUGCACUCGGCUUUGUCGCCCUUGCAGUGCUCUCAUUCUUGAUGAAUAUAGGACAACAUUACAACUUUGGUGUCAUGGGAGAAUACCUCACAAAGAGGGUCAGGGAACAGAUGCUCGCAAAAAUCCUCACAUUUGAGAUUGGAUGGUUCGACCGUGAUGAGAACUCCAGUGGUGCCAUAUGCUCACGGCUUGCCAAGGAUGCCAACAUUGUAAGGUCUCUAGUGGGUGAUCGAAUGGCGCUGGUGAUCGAGGCGGUUUCUGCGGUGUUUAUUGCUUGCGCCAUGGGUCUCUUCAUUGCCUGGCGUCUGGCCCUUGUCAUGAUAGCGGUGCAGCCUCUCAUCAUCGUAUGCUAUUAUGCUCGCCGUGUGUUACUCAAGAGCAUGUCCAAGAAAUCAAUAGAUGCACAAUCCCAGAGUAGCAAGAUAGCUGCUGAAGCUGUCUCCAAUCUCCGUACAAUCACCGCCUUCUCUUCGCAGAACCGAAUCUUAGGCCUCUUUAACCAAGCACAGAAUGGAUAUCGCAAGGAAAGCAUACGUCAGUCGUGGAUUGCAGGCCUUGGCCUUGGCACUUCCACGAGCUUGGUCACAUGCACAUUGGCGCUUGACUUUUGGUUUGGUGGCAGGCUCGUAGCUCAGAACCACAUUACCGCCAAGGAAUUCUUCCAAACCUUCAUUAUUCUAGUAAGCACAGGACGUAUGAUUGCUGAUGUUGGUAGCAUGACAACUGACCUGGCUAAGGGCGCAGAUGCACUUGCUUCGGUGAUUGCUGUUCUAGACCGGGUAACCAAAAUUGACCCUGACAACCCUGAGGGAUACAAGCCAGAGAAGCUUAAUGGUGAGGUGGACAUUAUAGGGGUCGAUUUUGCAUACCCGUCAAGGCCGGAUCUGAUCAUUUUCAAAGGAUUCUCAUUAUGCAUCCAACCAGGAAAGUCAACAGCUCUGGUUGGGCAAAGUGGCUGUGGCAAGUCGACCAUUAUUGGGCUUAUAGAGCGAUUCUAUGACCCGCUUAGGGGAAUGGUAAGGAUUGAUGGAAGGAAUAUCAAAACAUACAAUCUUCGAGCCCUGCGGCAGCACAUUGGACUGGUCAGCCAGGAGCCAACUCUAUUUGCAGGCACCAUCAGAGAAAACAUUUUAUAUGGCACUGAAACAGCCAGUGAGAUAGAAAUUGAGAAUGCAGCAAGGUCUGCCUAUGCACAUGACUUCAUCAGCAACCUCAAGGAUGGGUAUGACACAUGGUGCGGCGACAGAGGUGUUCAUCUAUCAGGGGGGCAGAAGCAGCGCAUUGCAAUAGCUCGUGCCGUCCUGAAGAACCCAUCUAUCUUGCUACUAGAUGAGGCUACAAGUGCACUGGACAGCAAGUCCGAAAAGGUUUUACAAGAGGCAUUGGAGAAGGUAAUGGUCGGGAGGACAACUGUGGUGGUGGCACACAGGCUCAGCACGAUACAAAACUGUGAUCUCAUCACGGUGAUCGACAAAGGUGUUGUUGUGGAGAAGGGCACACAUUUAUCCCUCAUGUCAAAGGGUCCCUCCGGAAUAUAUUAUAGCUUAGUUAGUCAGUAA